AUGAAUCACUACGAGGAUCCCUCAAGAAGCGCGAGCCUCAGCGACGAUGAAGAGUCUCAACGCCUCAUAGAGAAGCACGAUCAACCGGUGAAGCUUCACAGCCGCGGGUCUUCAAUCGUGACCUGCAAAAGAGUCUACAUGGUCCUACUUCAUGGCAUAGUUUUGAUCUUGGUCGUGACGCUCUGCAUGGGCAUCGAUUCUAAGGGGCCAAACCCACGACCGACAAAAGGCGCAUCAUGGUCACCAGUCCGAGAGCACAUUGAGCAUGAACUCAAUGCUGGACACGCAACGGAUCACCACAAAUACAGCCAAUACUCAGGUUGGCCGUCACCAAAGCAAGACGAGGCGUGGGAUGACUUGAUGAGACCUGUCUACUUCAAUGCUACCCGGGACGAGUUAGAAAAGGCCGGCGAGUCAUUCGAGAACAUUGCUGAGCUCGAAGGCGGAGGCUACCCAGCAAGUCUGGGAGUGUACCACGAACUUCACUGCCUGCGUCAACUCCGCUUCUGGUUGUGGAAAGAUCGAUACUACGGUGAUCUCACAGAGGCGCAAGACGACUACUUCCAUGGUCACCUGGAUCAUUGCAUCGAGACAUUGCGUUUGACUAUCAUGUGCAACGGCAACCCGGCCGUGUACUCUUUCUACUGGGACGACCCAGCGGCUGACCACCCUGCCACGCAGUCCAACUCGGAGAAUGUGUGCGCCAAGUGGGAGUCAAUCGAAAACUGGGGUUACGAGAGGAGGAUUUCGACGGACCCUGACAUUGUCCGACCUUCCAUGGACGAGAUGAUGCAGUAG